ACCCAUUCACGGCGUCUUUGUCAAUCAGAUUCGUUAAAUCGUUGCGGUUGAUAAUUUAUACUUACCAAAACGAAAAUGUUGUUUUGCAAAAGCCAGGAUUAUUGUUUUUAGCAAUAUCAUAACUUUAGGAAAAAGUUUGCGCAGCGUUAAUCGUAUAAGCGUUAAAUGUACAAAACACAAGAUGGCUGAUAUAAGGACAAUGAUAAACAAAAUGCAAAGUGCAACCCAGAAUGGCACAUCAGAGGCUGCGCCUCCGGCCAAGGGUCAAAAAGGCACAAUAGAAAAGAUAUAUCAAAAGAAAUCUCAGUUGGAACAUAUCUUACUUAGACCUGACACAUACAUUGGGUCAGUAGAACGAGCAACUGAGACCAUGUGGGUAUUUGACAAGGAAAAAGAAUGUAUGGUGCAGAAAGAACUGACUUUUGUACCAGGUCUGUACAAAAUUUAUGAUGAAAUUUUGGUGAACGCUGCUGACAAUAAGCAGAGAGAUUCAAAAAUGGAUGUAAUUAGAAUUGACAUAAACCAAGAGCAAAAUACUAUAUCAGUUUACAACAAUGGUUGUGGUAUUCCAGUUGUUAUGCAUAAAGAUGAAAAAAUGUAUGUUCCAACUAUGAUUUUUGGCCAUCUUUUGACAUCUUCAAAUUACAAUGAUGAAGAAGAGAAAGUAACAGGUGGUAGGAAUGGGUACGGUGCAAAACUUUGUAACAUAUUCUCAACAAAGUUUACAGUAGAAACUGCAUCUAGACAAUAUAAGAAACAUUUUAAACAAACUUGGGGUUGUAAUAUGACAAAGGCUUCCGAACCAAAGGUUAAGGAAGCUGGCAAAGAUGAUGAUUUUACUAAAGUAACUUUUAGCCCUGAUUUAGCUAAGUUUAAAAUGGAUAAACUCGAGGACGAUAUUGUUGCGUUGAUGUCGCGACGUGCUUAUGACGUGGCUGCCUCAUCGCAGGGAGUAAAGGUAUAUUUGAAUGGAGAAAGACUUAAAAUAAAUAAGUUUAAGGAUUAUGUAGAUUUAUAUAUUAAAGGUAAAGAGGACGAGAAUGGGCAACCACUGAAAGUAGUUUACGAAAAAGUAAAUGAUCGUUGGGAAGUUGCACUCACACUUUCCGACAGGGGCUUCCAACAAGUUUCAUUUGUGAACUCAAUAGCAACGACGAAAGGAGGUAAACAUGUUGACACGGUAGCCGAUAGCGUUGUCAAAAAUGUUCUAGAAGUUUUGAAAAAGAAAAAUAAGGGGGGUGUGAACAUAAAGCCUUUCCAAGUCAAAAAUCACAUGUGGGUAUUUAUAAAUUGUCUUAUUGUUAACCCAACCUUUGAUUCACAAACAAAGGAGAACAUGACACUCCAGGCGAAAAGCUUUGGUUCGAAAUGUAAUUUCUCUGAGAAAUUUAUUAAUGCAGUUACCAAAUCCGGUUUGGUUGAAUCUGUAUUGACGUGGGCCAAAUUCAAAGCACAAACGGAACUAGUGAAGGCGUCAGGUAAGAAGCAGAGUAAAUUGAAAGGUAUACCGAAGUUAGAAGAUGCUAAUGACGCUGGUACCAAAAAUUCUCACCUUUGUACCCUAAUUCUUACCGAGGGAGACUCAGCUAAAACAUUAGCUGUAUCGGGACUCAGUGUAGUUGGCAGAGAUCAUUACGGUGUCUUCCCAUUAAAGGGUAAACCGUUGAACGUCCGUGAUGCAUCACACAAACAAGUUUUGGAAAACGUUGAAAUUAACAACCUGAUCAAAAUUCUCGGUCUACAGUACAAAAAGAAAUACAACACACUUGAUGAUUUAAAAACAUUGAGGUACGGUAAAGUGAUGAUAAUGGCCGAUCAGGAUCAAGACGGAUCACAUAUCAAAGGUCUUAUAAUCAACUUCAUUCAUCAUAAUUGGCCUGAAUUAUUAAAACUACCGUUCUUAGAGGAAUUUAUUACUCCUAUUGUUAAAGCUACAAAGAAGGACAAAGAAAUAUCCUUCUAUUCGUUACCAGAAUUUGAAGAAUGGAAAAGGGAAACGGAGAACCAUCAUACGUUCAACAUCAAAUACUACAAAGGUUUGGGUACCUCCACAUCCAAGGAGGCUAAAGAAUAUUUCCAGAAUAUGGAAAGGCAUAGGAUUAAGUUUAGAUAUAGCGGACCCACUGACGAUCACCACAUUGAGCUGGCGUUCUCAAAGAAAGGUGCAGAUCAACGUAAGGAAUGGUUGACAAACCAUAUGGAUGAAGUUAAGAGGAGGAGGGAAAUUGGUUUAUCGGAAAGAUAUUUGUACACUAAAGAAACAAAAGCUGUAACAUAUUCUGACUUCAUUAAUUUAGAGCUGGUUCUCUUUUCUAAUGGUGAUAAUGUUAGAUCGAUUCCGUCCAUGGUGGACGGGCUGAAGCCUGGCCAGCGUAAGGUGAUCUUCACGUGCAUAAAGCGUAACGACAAACGCGAGGUCAAGGUCGCGCAGCUGGCGGGUUCCGUCGCUGAGCACUCUGCUUACCAUCAUGGUGAGCAGUCGCUGGCUAUGACAAUAGUGAACCUGGCGCAGAAUUACGUCGGCUCCAACAAUAUCAACCUGCUGGAGCCGCGCGGUCAGUUUGGUACACGACUUUGUGGUGGCAAGGACUCUGCCAGCCCCCGUUACAUAUUCACUCUCAUGUCACCCCUCACCAGGCUCGUCUUCCAUCCGCAUGAUGAUCCAUUACUUAUUCACGAGUUUGAAGAUAACCAGAAGAUAGAGCCGGUGCACUAUGUGCCUAUACUUCCCAUGGUGCUGGUGAACGGUGCUGAGGGUAUCGGUACAGGCUGGUCUACCAAGAUACCCAAUUACAAUCCAAGGGACAUCGUCGCUAAUAUACGGCGAAUGUUAGACGGCGAGGAACCGACGACGAUGCAUCCUUGGUAUAAAAACUUCCGCGGUACAAUCGAGAGUUUCGGUGACAAGUAUGUGAUCUCUGGUGAAGCGGCUGUGUUGCCCGGAGAGAAGAUUGAGAUCACCGAAUUACCCGUUGGCACCUGGACACAGAACUACAAGGAGAAUGUACUAGAACCUAUGCUGGGAAAUGAGAAAGUUAAACCACUCAUCUCUGAGUACAGAGAAUAUAAUACAGAUACUACGGUGCGUUUUGUGGUAUCCUUGUUACCGGGCAAGCUGGCUGAGGUGGAAGCGGAAGGCAUUCACAAAGUAUUCAAACUUCAGACCACUAUCUCUAUGACCUGUAUGAAUGCCUUUGAUCAUAAUAAUUGUUUAAAAAAAUACGAUAAAGUAGAAGAAGUUUUACGCGAGUUUUACGAUCUCCGUCUAAGAUAUUAUUCAAGACGUAAAGACUUCCUGGAAGGUCAGCUGCAGGCUGAAGCAGACAAACUUACAAACCAGGCGAGAUUCAUAUUAGAGAAAUGUGACAAAGGACUCGUUAUUGAAAAUAAAAAGAGAAAAGCUAUGGUUGAAGAACUUAUUAAAAGAGGCUACGCACCGGAUCCGAUUGCCGAUUGGAAGAAGCGCGCCAGCAAGAUGCAAGGGUUGGACACUGUGGAGGAGGAGGAGCAGGAGUCUGAGGAGGAGGUGGAACCUGAGGAUAACAAGGGCAAGCCUGUGGAUCCAGAAAAAGCAUUCCAGCAACUAAAAGAAGUGAAAAAGUUCAAUUACCUGCUGGGUAUGUCGAUGUGGAUGCUGACCAAGGAGAAGAAAGAUGAUCUGCUGAAGCAAAGAGACCAGAAACUCUCCGAGUUGGAGAUCCUCAAAGCUAAAACUCCAGCGAUGUUGUGGCGCGAGGAUCUGGAUGCUUUCCUCGUACGUUUAGAGGAGGUGGAGGAGAAAGAGAGGAACGAAGAGAAUACCGUAAACAAGAAGAGCUCCAAGGCAAUGGCUGCAAACAAGAAGAACAGGAAGUCUCUGUUCGACAUCAUCCCAUCAGAGAACGGCAGGAGGAUCGAGCCCAAGAUAUCAGAGGACCUCAUCAAGAGGAUACAGGCUGCGGAGAAGGCCAAGACCAGGAAAGAAAUCAAGAAGGAAUAUGAUCCUGACGAUCCCACGGGAGUGACCCCGCCCACUAGUGGAGAGAAGAAGCCAAAGGGAAGAGUAAAGAAAGAGAAACCAGAAAAGGAGAAGGCGGAGAAGACGGAUGGGCUAAAACAGACGAAACUUACAUUCAAGAAGGAACCUAAGAAGAAAAAGAUGACAUUCAGCGGCAGCAGUUCUGGCGAGAUGUCGGAGUCAGAUGUGGAGAUGGUGGAGCAACCUGCGCCACGGGAGAGAGCCAGCGCCAGGAGAGCUGCCACAAAGGUUCAGAAAUACAAAGACGGUUCAGAGGAGUCAGAGUCUAACGAGGAGUUAGAACUUCAUGACAACAAGGUGGACUCUGAGGGGGAGAGGCCGCGCGCGCUGUCUCUCAGUGAUGAUGAUGACUUCAAUGUUAAGAAGAAUGCUAACAAGAAACCUGCUGAAAUGGAUUCAGAUUGUCUGUUCGAUUCAUUAAUAGAAGAUACAAAGAAAGAUCAACCAACAAACAACCAUCACUCGGAGCCCACCACCAUAUUAUCCAGUGAGGAAGAGGAGGCUCCACUCUCCCCUCCUAAGAAGAAGCCAGCACCUAAGAGGAAGUUGCUCAACACCAACAGCAAGGACAAGAAAGAAGACAAGCCCAAGAAGAGACCUGCCAAAGUCCUGCUGAGUGCGGAUAGUGAUGAUGAUAGCAUAUUUGAUACUAAAAAGGAUAAGAAGGCGAAUCCUAAGAAGAAAGCAAAGAAGAAAGCUGAUAGUGAUUCAGAAGACGAGGAUAUCUCCAGCAGUCCAGCGCCGCGAGGCAAAGCGCGCUCCAGACCUCAAGCUAAAUACAACUUUAGUGAUGACAGCGAAUAGAUUACAUACAGAUUAUGACUUUAAUAAGUGAGGAAAUGUUUGCGGCGAGAAAUAAUUACGAAUUGAAACUUAAUGUUUUAAAUUUAUUUUUGUAUGAUUGAAGUUUUUUAAAUGUCACUUUACAAUGGAAUAGUUGAGAAGUGUAAUCUCGUUUUUAAUUAUUAUAACGCGACAAUUUGUGUUAUUUUUAAUUAUUUUUAAUUUAUUUAGUAUGUAAUUUUUCUUAAGUCGAAUUCAAGGUGGAUAGGAUUCAUGUAACAUUAACAUACAUUUUCAUACAUUUGUUUUAUGUGAUUACAUUCAUAUAAAUGGGAAGGAGAGGUGAAUUUG